AUGCCAAAACUGUAUGCCAUGCAUCGGUUCUUCAGGAUGGGCCUCAAACAGCAAAGAACGUGUCAGACUCGGGAAACAGGGACCUCUGGUGAGCUGGCUCUGCUCCUUCCAUCUGUCACUAUCUCUCAAUGCUGCCGCAGCGUCUCAAUUGUGGCCCCUUCAGGUCUGCGGGAUGGUAAGAACAGAGCAAUCACAGGUCUCUACAGUGGAAGGCUUGGCGGCCCUCAUUGUACACACAGGGUGAAAGGUUUGAGCCUUUGGUGGGUGACGGUGGGGACCAAAGCCGACGCCCAACCUGCCUCACCCAUGGUUGGUGUUUAA